GCUCACUGUAGCACAAUUGGGCAGAAGGGAAUCCCUGCAAAGGGUAGCACACACAGAAGGAGGGAGAAUACUGAGGAGGAAACUGCUGAUAGAGAAGCAAAGAUGGAUCUACUUUCAGCUCUCUCCCUGGAAACCUGGGUCCUCCUUGCAAUCAGCCUGGUGCUCCUCUACUGGUUUGGGACACAUACACAUGGAGUUUUUAAGAAACAGGGAAUUCCUGGACCAAAACCUCUGCCUUUUUUAGGAACUGUGCUGAAUUACUACAAGGGUUUAUGGAAAUUUGAUGUUGAGUGCCAUAAAAAGUAUGGAAAAAUAUGGGGGUUGUUUGAUGGUCAAAUCCCUACAUUUGUCAUCACAGACACAGAGAUGAUCCGAAAUAUACUAGUGAAAGAAUUCUAUUCUACCUUCAAAAACCGGCGGAGUUUUGGCCCAGUGGGAAUUAUGAAAAAAGCUCUCUCCAUAUCUGAGGAUGAGGAGUGGAAGAGAAUAAGAUCAUUGCUGUCUCCCACCUUCACCAGUGGAAAACUCAAAGAGAUGUUCCCCAUUGUUGAACAGUGUGGAGAUAUUUUGGUAAAAUACUUGAGAGGAAAGGCAGAGAAAGGCAAGCCUGUUCCUAUGAAAGAAGUGUUUGGGGCCUACAGCAUGGAUGUGGUCACCAGCACAUCAUUUGGAGUGAACGUCGAUUCCCUAAACAACCCAAAGGAUCCUUUUGUCGAGAAUGCCAAGAAGCUCUUAAGAUUUGAUUAUUUUGAUCCAUUGUUCUUGUCAGUAGUACUUUUUCCAUUCCUCACCCCAAUAUAUGAGACGUUAAAUAUCUCCCUGUUCUCAAAGGAUUCCUUAGCAUUUUUCAAAAAAUUUGUGGACAAAAUGAAGGAAAACCACCUGAAUUCUAAUGAGAAGCAUCGAGUGGAUUUUCUCCAGCUGAUGAUGAAAGCUCACAAGAAUGCCAAAGACAAAGAGUCUCACAAAGGUAAACAAGGACUCACUGGUCUAUGCAUAGGGAAGCUCUCAUAGAGUGGGCAGGCCACUCAGAAAAUACUACGCAAGGAGGGUUUUCUAGAUAGAGAAAUAUCUCUGUCAAGUUGGUGAAAGCAGACAUGGCUACCAUCUUCAUGAAAUUUUCUGAAAGCGCACUGGCAUAACUGUUCCAAACGUGAAGGGUAGUCACAAUGGAAGACUUUAGAUGCCUGUGUGUAUCCAGGAGACUAUAAGCGUUGUUUCUGUCUUUUCCCACACACUGACUUGAAACUCUGCCUAGACAUCUGAGUCUAAACAACCAGACAGGAGGCAUGUACCCAAACGGUGCUGAUGCAUUCUGGGAACCCCUAGUACGCAUGUGUUCUAUACCUUAAUCUAUGGUAGAGAUUGACUUUUCCUUUGCCUGAUGAAUAAGCAGCUUCCAAGGAAAGCCUCUUUGUACAAACACGCUGCUUCUCUCCAUUCUUUGACACACUUACAAACUACCUAUAUAUUUUUUAUCUUC